AUGUGGUCGGCUACAGAUGGUGGUCGCCCAUCGCAGCCUCAGCGGGCGGAGAACUCGAACCUCUCUGAGACUACCUUGAACGCUCCGCCGCCGCCGUUGGUCGAGAAAGCCGACUGCAACUCCAGAUCCCUCGUUCCUAGAGGCACCCUAUCGCUCCCUAUGGUCGUCGACCAGGCCAUGGCCAAGGAAACCGAGACAGCCAAGAGAGGCAAGCAGUACCUGGUGACUUCUCGACACCACCGUGGCCAUGCUGGCAACCACGAGUCUGACAGCGGACUUGGCAGCUCUUUUGUGUCAUCCAACAAGGCAUCGGCCAUCACGAGGUUCGUCGUGGAGAAUUCGCCCAGCCUCAGCAUCCGGGCUAUCAACAAAAUCCGCGAGCACAUUCUUCAACCUCUACUAGCUGAGCCGUCUCUAAAGGACUUUGAGCCCAUCCUCGCCGACAUACCGAGCAGAAUUCAAGAGAAAGAGGUCAUCUGCCUGCGAGAUCUCGAAAGAUCCCUGAUCCUUAGGGCUCCGGAGAGGUCUAAAUCUUCCGCGUUGUACCUGGAUUUCUGCUUGACGACUAGUGGAUGCGUUCGGGCAACCGUCGACUAUCUCAGCGACGGCGAGAAAACCCGACAUGGGGAUCUACCCUAUACUAACGGGUACUUUAUCGACUUCGUAGACCAGGUCAAGCAUUACGCCUCACAUUUAGCUAUCGCUCACGAGAGUGGAGCUGAUGAGGCUAAGCUUAUUGGUGGUCUUGUCGAGAAUGGCCAACCCGCCGAGCUGGUUACAGUCAAAAAGGACGGCACGACCAUCUCCAUUGCCACUGGCAAACCGGUGGGCCUGGACCGGGACGUCGACGAGAACUCAGUCGAGCGGAAGCAGUCUAUGACCCAGGAGUUGGAGGUUGGAGACGAAAUGCAAAUCGUGAUGGCCCGCCGGAAGAAUAACGCUAGGCAAGGCGAGUACGCCCCCCAUAAGUGCCGUGAGCCUGGCUGCGACAGGGGAUUCAGACGCCCCGUCGACCUGACCAAACACGAGAAGACUCACACUCAUCCUUGGGAGUGUCCGGUGUCUACCUGCAAAUAUAGCGAGUAUGGCUGGCCGACUGAGGGAGAACUGGACCGCCACGUCGAUCCCAAACAUCUGGCUGUCCCGCCCUUCUACCAGUGCCUGUACAAGCCGUGCCCGUACAAGUCAACGCGAGAGUCCCGUUACAAGAAGCACAUGGAGAUGGGCCACGGAUGGAUUGAUGUACAGACCAAAGCCACUGGAAAGAGGAUGCACGACAAAACGGACGGCAUCCCGGUCUACGUCUCGGAUGAUGAGGCCCGUGACAUUUUUAAGCAGCCACCCCCGAUGGCCGACCCAGAUUCCUUGCCGUUGAAGCAAGAACACACGCCAUCAACCUCGACGUCGUACUCGACCUCUCAAGAUUUCCCACACUUCACCCCCGGGCACAUCCCACCUCACCUAGUCGAUAACUCCGACUGGCUGGCUGAUGCGAAUGAGAAUUGA